AUAUAUAAUUUAACUAAGAAUACUAAUAAUUAUCAAUUUUAUUCUCGUGUUUUCAGAUGCAAAUGUCUUCGAGAAUCUUUUAUAUUAAUAGCAAUUAUCGAAACCCUCCUCCUAUUUUUCAUUAUCGAUAUGUUCAAUAUGAAUUGAUCUCUGCUUUGUGCCACAUAAUUGAUGCGCCUUUGUUGCACCGACUUAAUGCUGCACGAAUGACUUCUCGUCUCUAUUCUCUUUGUAGUUCGUAGAAACGAAUCAGUUUCUCCUACUCGAGAGAGCAUCUCUGCAUGUGGUGGAGGGGUUCGGCGACGGUGCUCCAUAGGCUUAUCAGUUAGCGUGCAGCUACGAUGAAAUGCUGUUUGCCGUGUUGCAUCUAUAUUCCGGGUACAGUUACGUUCUGUAAAAUCACGUGGCCGGAUGUGAAGUGUAACGUUACAUCAAAGAACGCGUUUAUCUGCUGACCAUUGCUGAUAAACGGACGGCGAUAAAUCGUUGGCAGUCCUCUAAACCACUUCCAGCGGAGAUAUCAACAGGAAACCACACGUGGAACAGGAUUUAAUUAAUUGCGGCAAAUGUAUAUGCAAACAUGGCUAUUCAUGAUAGUGUAUUUGUCAUAUACCCAAUAUGUUAUGGGAGAAGAUACUAUCAAACGUGGGCUGUGCAAUGGCUACAAAUCCGGCGAAGACGAUCAACAGACCUUCGAUUUCAUCAGCAAGUUAAAAUUCGAUCUGUUGGAGGCCCGCUAUAGUGGCAUGAUGAAAGUGCGAGGCAGCAACCGCAUGCAGACGGCAUAUCGGCUGGAGAGAGACACUGAUGUCAUCCUACCGACAAAAAAUAUUACAGCUAAUGGAUUUCCAGAAGAAUUCACGUUAGUGUACACAUUGAGAGCUAGAAAAUCGCCUAGGAACCCUUGGCAUGUCAUUAAGAUCGUGGAUGCGAAAGGUGACGCUCAAUUUCUCAUUACGAUGAAUCCCAGGAGACAAACGCUGGACCUUUCAUUGAUUGAUUACGAGGGAAAAUUGCAGACGCUUUCUUUCAUGAACGAUCGCUUAUUCGACAAGAGUUGGCACAAAGUAAAUUUUGGAGUGUACAAGGAUAAGCUAGUACUUAACGUUGAUUGUAUACACAUUGGCACGAAAGCGCUAAAACCGCGCAGAUCGAUUAAAGGUGAUGGAGACAUAUCAAUAGCUAAAAUGAACAACAGUGAAGUCACUGUACCGAUCGAUAUGCAAUGGAUGGUCCUAAACUGCGAUCCUACGAGAGCGGAGAGGGAAACGUGCGAGGAAAUACCGCAAAACCUAGUCGCUCCGUUGUCGCAAAUAAAACCCGCCUGCGAAAUCUGUCCGCAGGGACCACGUGGAUUUAAUGGCACAAACGGAUCACCCGGUCCGCCUGGACUAACUGGAGCGCCGGGAUUGACUGGAUCACCAGGUUUACCUGGAUUUCCCGGACAACGUGGAUUACCUGGGGAACAAGGAAGAUCAGGGGCAACAGGUAACAUCGGCGCCAGAGGUUUUCCAGGAUUACCGGGUCCCAUAGGAUCAACUGGACCCGUAGGAUCACCGGGAUUACCGGGACAAAAGGGCGAUCGCGGUGAAAGAGGUGAUAUGGGAUUUCCCGGUCUGAAAGGAGAUCAAGGUCCUCGUGGAUUUCCGGGUCCGCCGGGGAACGUAAGCAAUUUUGAUGGUAAUUUAUCGCACUUAACGGGCCCUUCUGGACCGCCUGGAUAUACCGGCGAAAAAGGGGCGAAAGGAGAUUACGGUAUUCAAGGCAAGCCGGGUGAAAAAGGUGAACGGGGAGAAAGAGGAUAUCCGGGAUUGGAUGGUCAUAACGGCGCACCAGGACCUCCUGGUCUUCCAGGAUUUCCCGGUCCGCCUGGACCCACAAGGAACCCUACAUAUGCGGAUAUCCCUCGCAUUCCUGGACCACCAGGUCCUCGUGGCAUAACAGGUCCUCCAGGAUUGCCAGGACCUCCGGGUUUGCCAGGUGAAAUGGGACCGAAGGGUGAUGCCGGAGACCGAGGUCGAGAUGGUAUAUCGGGACUAACAGAUAAUAGUGUAAUACCAGGACCACCGGGUCCUGAAGGACUUGUUGGUCCCCCUGGCGAUGAUGGUCUUCCAGGCGAGAAAGGAGAAAAUGGACCAAUAGGUCCUCCAGGACUACCUGGAACUCUAGGAAAAGAUGGACUUCCAGGAUUACCGGGACCACAGGGACUUCUAGGGUCACGUGGAGAACCAGGUUCUCCAGGACCUCGAGGUUUAGAUGGAUUUAUGGGAAAACCGGGGCUCGAUGGAAAACCGGGCCAGAAGGGAAAUAAAGGCCAGAGCGGCGAACAAGGUCCUGUCGGACCUCGCGGGCUACCGGGAAGUUCGGGACCAGCAGGCUCGCCAGGUACGCCAGGCGUACCAGGAUUGGAAGGAAGACCAGGUCCAUUCGGACCUCCAGGACCGUCGGGUCCGCCAGGACCUCCGGGUCCUCCCGGUCCUUCCAGUCUUUCAUCCACCGAUAGUAGUUUUGUUAAUAUCGGCAAUCCUGGUCUCGAAGGGCCCAGAGGUCCACCGGGUCCUCAAGGAAUACCGGGUGAGAGAGGAGCUCCUGGAGAACGAGGAUCGGAAGGUCAAUUAGGACCGCCUGGUAUUCCUGGUAGAGAUGGAACACCUGGAUUACAAGGAUCGCCUGGAAAUAGAGGUCAGACCGGAUUACCGGGACUCGAAGGGCCGCCGGGUCGCAGUAUUAGCGAGGUGGAGAUUCGUGAUAUUUGCGCCAGUGUACUGAGAGAACGGAUAACCGAAAUCACAACAUUGAUGCAAGGCCCACCCGGUCCACCAGGCCGAGGCCGUCCAGGUCGUUCUGGAUCACCCGGCCCUCAGGGUCGUCCAGGCGAUCAAGGACCACCGGGAUUUCCAGGAGAACGUGGAUUCGUCGGUUUACCGGGUCCGCAAGGUCCUUCUGGACCGCAAGGAUCACCUGGCGAACGUGGAGAAAAAGGAGACAGGGGUCUCGAAGGCGUCGGUAUAGAAGGUCCGACUGGCCCACCAGGUUUACCAGGACCUCCUGGUAAUGAUGGUAUUGGUCUACCUGGAACACAGGGAGACAGGGGAGAGCCAGGCAGACCAGGAAUUCCUGGUAUAAGAGGAGUGGCAGGACCGCAGGGACCACCUGGAUUUUGUGAAUUCUGCAAUUAUCCUAGCAGCAAUUACUUGCAGUAUAAUCGUGGUAACACCAAAGGACCCUGAUAAUAAUAAAUAUAAAAAUUUCCAUACAGCAAAAACAUAGUGUGAAAAACACAUAAUAAUUUGAUAUGCUUUCUGAUCUAAUUAUUUACAGUUUGGCAUUCAGCAUCAAAUUACAAAUUUCUACAGGUCUUUCGCAGAUCACUGCUAUAUAUUUUUCAAUUACGAGUUAAUUAUGACUAACCUCAAACUGUCAAUGUAUUAUUUAAUAAAACUUACUUUUGAUAUA